CGGCAACUCCAAAGAUUUUCAGGAAAUAGGCCACCCUUGGUCAAGUCUCCUCCCUUCUUCCUAGUUCCUCCCGCCUUCCUUCCCCAAUUCCCCAACCUCAAGUCCCAACCCUCGCUUACCACCGUCUCCCGCCGCCGUUCGCCGCCGUUCGUUGUCCGCCUUUGGAUUCACCCGCUCUCCUCCUCACUCACUAGCCCGAACCUCGUUUCUGGGGUGCCCAGCCCCACUGCCCUCUGGAACCUUCCCUGUGAACGGCCGCCGCGUGGCGUGCCUGUACGGGCGGGGAGGCAAGCGGUACGGAUGGAUCGUGCCAGCGGCGUUGGCGGCGGCGGCGGCGGGAUUACUCCGCUCCAGCAGAUGCCUGAUGCUGUGGGCCUCGCCGCAGCGGCUGAUCCCCAGUUCGUUCUGAUGCGCAACACUAUGCGCGAGAAGAUAUUUGACUACAUAGGAAGGAAGCAAACGUCGGCUGACUGGCGACGGAGGCUGCCAGAACUUGCGAGGCGGCUUGAGGAAAUAUUGUUUAGAAAAUUCCCAAAUAAGAGUGGGUACUACAGUAUGAUGUUGGCACCAGUUGAGCCACAAUUGCAGUAUGCUAUUAAGUUCUUGAGUGCUCAGAACGCACAAAGGCAACGAGACCUGCAAAUCUCAAGGCAGACUGCAUCUUCCCCUGGUAUCACACAAGGCGCAAGAGAACUUUCUGGAGUGUCUUACAUAGCACACAACAUGGGCCCUUCCUCAUCCGGUGCAGGCAUGGUCCAUCAGAAUGUCCACAUGGCUGCCUCGAUGCCAGGGGAAGCUCCUGCUGAGCAUGUGAACACACUGCUAUCUCUGGGGAUGAAUUCUACACAUCACGGCUCGAGAGUGUCCAACAACAAUCCUAUGAUAACCAUGGCAUCCCCUGCACCUGUGAAGGAGGUUUCAAAGGAACCAAAGUUCAGCUGCCCAGUCUGCAUGAACGAGCUGGUCAAUGCGUCAUCGACCACAUGCGGCCACAUCUUCUGCCAGAAGUGCAUCUGGGCCUCCAUCCAGGCUCAGAGCAAGUGCCCUACCUGCCGGAGGACGCUGAGCCUGAGUGAUUUCCACCGAGUCUACCUACCGAUGUUGGACUGAACUGAUACAGCCAUUCUGGGCGCAGUGGAGCCUUGGCACAUGGCCAUUCUCACCCACUGGCAUUGUGUUGAUUCUAUCUCAACUCUUCUGCACAGGGAUAUCAUCACCAUCCAGUUCCCUCCAACAAUCUAAUAGGCAAUGCUGUUUGGCAGUUUUGAGAUGUUGUUACCAUCCCAAAUAUGCACCCGUAGCACUAAAGAAUACCAUACUGAUUUGCUGGAACUCUGUGCUUGCUACUGUGUGAUGUGUUUGCGAAGAAAUAUAUAUUGGUACUGUUAGAGGCA